AUUGCCCAGUUAAGUGGUCGGGUCUGCUGGGAGCAGUGCUGGUUGUACAGUUUCACAGCAGCAGAGAGCAUAGACCUGCGAUACCGCUCCUUCACACACUUGGGGUGGAGCACCUGUCACUAAAGGAGCUGCCCAGUGCCCCCAGAGUCUCAUGCAUGGGGUGGGAGAAAAGCUCUACUGUGUACCAUGUGUCUGCAUGGCAAGGUAUGGAAUGAUAGUUGUUCCUGUUAUAGCAGCUAGAAAAACUUGUUCCUUCAUCAUCCUCUCCUCUUCUUCUCUCUGUUGAAGUUAAUAAGACAAAAAAGUCACAAAGUUAAGGCAGGCUGUGGUUUUAGAUGACAUCGUAAUGUUAGCAGGAAGAGGAACUGCUUGAGCUGCUACAGACACAGUAUCAAAUUCACACAGAAGCAGGACUCAAGAAAACCUCACAAUCUUUUCAACAUCAGAACAAGUUUAACAUGAGCUGCUUUUUCAUUUUUAUUCUCGUCAUUUCCAGUGCUGUCUGUCAGGCAUCGAGGGAGUUUAGUAUUAAAACUGGAGCAUCUGUCACUAUCCCAUGUCAUUAUGACAGGACGUAUAUACAAUAUAAGAAAUACUGGUGCCAUGGAGGAACAUUCGAUUUCUGCAAAAUUCAGGCGUAUGCCAAUAAUACAAAGGGAAAAGUGACAGUGACUGAUUACCCAGCUGAGAGUCUCUUUACUGUGACAAUGAAUAAUCUCCAGACAGGAAAUACUGGAUGGUACUGGUGUGUUGUAGAGAUAAGUGGACCAGACGUUAAAGAAUACCUUUAUAUCACAGUGAAAUCAGAUCCUGAUCUGUCUGUGAGGAACAGCAGAGUGAGAGGUGAGGAAGGAGGCAGCGUCACAGUCCAGUGUUUCUACAGCGCUGCGUAUCAGAAUACACAGAAGCAGUGGUGCAGAUUCAAAGAUGGACGCUGCAACACAUUUAGGAAGACUGCCACAUCCCAGAAUUCAGCAGUGAACAUCAGUGAUGAUGGGAGAAGAUCCUUCAGCGUGCAGAUGAGUGGACUGACGAAGAGUGAUGCUGGCUGGUACUGGUGCAGUGCAGGAGAUCUGCAGGUUCCUGUUAACAUCAGUGUCCAUGAUCCACCUCCAGAUCCUGAUCUGUCUGUGAGGAACAGCAGAGUGAGUGGUGAGGAAGGAGGCAGUGUCACAGUCCAGUGUCUCUACAGCGCUGCAUAUCAGAAUACACAGAAGCAGUGGUGCAGAUUGAAAGAUGGACGCUGCAACACAUUUAAGAAGACUGCCACAUCCCAGAAUUCAGCAGUGAACAUCAGUGAUGAUGGGAGAAGAUCCUUGAGUGUGCAGAUGAGUGGACUGAAGAAGAGUGAUGCUGGCUGGUACUGGUGCAGUGCAGGAGAUCUGCAGGUUCCUGUUCACAUCAGUGUCCAUGAUCCACCUCCAGUGGUGACUACAGCAGUGACUACAACAGUGACUACAGCAGUGACUACAACCACUCACCAUGUCAGUACUUACACAUCUGUCUCGAAGCACAAUUCAGCAGCAUCUGUGACUGCAGUUUCUAGCAGUCAUCAAACCAUAAAGCCAGUGGAGUUCUGUAUAGCACACAACUGAAGGAUGUGAUCUUGGUGGCAUUGAGAACUUAAGAAGCUGGCAUGCUCAACUUAUUCAUUUAUUUUCCUAAAAACAGCACUGUCAGUCAUGUGUUAUUCCUUACAUAUCAUUUAGAACACAGUAUUUUAUCGCAGAAAUUGCAACUUCUUUACAGUGUGCUUUUGAAAAACCAGGAUAAGAAUUCCAAAUUUCCCUUAGGGAUCAAUAAUUAUCUAUCUAUCUAUCUAUCUUGCACAUAAUUUACAUUCUUAGUCAAUGGUGAUUCUCUGCCAUGUAGCAAAAGAGCAUUCCUUUUCUAAACAAUACAUUAACAUUGAGUGAAGUUGCCAUGUUAUUAACUAUAAUAAAGCUUGUGUAUUUCUCCUG